AUGCAACAUAUCAGUCCGUUGUGUCCCUUCUGUCAAAGCUCUCCUGAGACCACUCAGCAUUUGUUUAUGGACUGCCAGUUUGCUAAGGAUGUGUGGGCUCUCUCUAGUGAUCUCAUGCCCUUUCCCUCGCAGAUUGGUGAUCUGUACAAUUGGCUUUUGUCGCUGAGCGCCACGUCCACAAAGUCUGAUUUGGACCCCCUUUCCAAAGCUCUCCUUAUCUCCUGUGUUGGUCUGGACUUUUGGAGGCUUAACUCGACAAACAGAUCUGGUUCAAUUGAUUCUAUGAUUAUUAAGUGGCAUCGUCCUCCCACCGGCUGGAUUAAGGUCAAUUUUGACGGGUCUCUCAUGAAUUCUCAUGCUUCCACAAGUUUUAUCAUUCGGGAUUGUGAGGGGCAUGUCCUCGUUGCGGGCUCUAACAAUAUUGGAGAAAAUUCCAUUAAUGUUGUUGAAUGUAUUGCUCUUUGUGAUGGUCUUGCUGCUGCUCUUGAUAGAGGAUGGGAUCAAAUUGUGAUUGAAGGGGAUUCUAAGCUAGUCAUUGACAGUAUCCUGGCUAAAGCUAACCCCCCUUGGUGUAUCCAACAGAUUAUUCAAGAUAUUUGGGCCCUGUCCUCUUCUGUUGCAAGCAUCCGAUUUCAACACAUUUUUAGGGAGGCCAACUUCACGGCGGAUGCGGUUGCAAAAUUAGGUCAUGGUCUUUCUAAUCAAGUUUUGUGGGAGCAUAGGCUUCCGUUAUCUGUUAGGACCCCCUUUUAUUUUGACCUCUUUCGGUGCUCUUGCCCGCGAGGCUUUUUCUUGUAA